AUGAAUUGUGUAAGAUUCAAAGUUAAUUAUUAUACUAGAUUGGGACAGGAGGUCUAUAUCACUGGAUCGUGUUCACAGCUUGGUGAUUGGGAUGAGAAUAAUGCCAAGAAGCUGAGAUACGAUGACAAUGGUGAUUGGGAGAUAUUCAUAGAGUUUGCCAACUCAAACAACCAAGCAACAACCACUGCAGCAGCAGCAACACCUUCUGCACCACCUCCAUCCACUUCCAAUCUUAUCAAUCAUCAAGGUCAACAGAAACAACAGAAUCUCAUUGAAUACAAGUAUUUCGUCAUGGAUACAAACGGUGAAAAGAUUUGGGAAGGUGGACAAAAUCGUUUACUGAAUCUAUCACUAUGUAAUCCUGCAUUCAUCCAUGAAGUUAGAGAUACCUAUCAAAAUCCAGCAUCAUCUGAAUAUUCAUAUUUACACUGUUCAUUAUUUAAAGAUGUAAUUCUAAGAAGAAAUAUAGAUACCAUUAAACCAUAUCAAUUCAUUUCACCAUCAAGUCCAGAUAAGGUUGUUAUUCAUUUCCAAGUUAGAUGUACAAAUGUACAACCUAGUUAUAAUGUAUAUUUGGUUGGUAGUAAUAUGACAUUGGGUAAUUGGAGAACGGAACGUGCCAUUAAAUUGAGUGAUCAAGAUUUCCCAUUGUGGAAAGCAGACUUGGAGUUCACUAAAGAUCAAUUGCCAUUCUCUUAUAAAUAUAUCAUUGCCGAUAAAUCAAAGACUUAUAUUCAUUGGGAGCAGGGUAACGAUCGUUGGUUCACCAGCAGUAUCUUGCCGGCUUCAGAGUACUCCAACACCAGAUCGGAGGAACGCGACUACUACUUUAACGACGGUGACUUUAAGGAUGUCGGACAGAUCCGUACCACCGGUGUUGCACUUCCGAUCUUCUCGUUGCGUACCAAGAAGGGAAUGGGUGUGGGUGAGUUCAAUGACUUGAUUCCCUUUAUUGAUUGGGCUGCAGAGACUGGUCAGCACAUCAUCCAGAUCCUGCCAAUCAACGAUACAAUGGUGAUGAACACCUGGCGUGACUCUUAUCCCUACAGCUCUGUCUCUGUCUAUGCGCUACACCCGAUCUACGUGAAUAUCCAAUCGAUUACAACCAACACGGAGAUCAUAAAGAAAGCAAACGAACACUCGGAGCGUCUCAACAAGCUAAAGGUGGUCGAUUACGAAGCUGUCAUCAACUUGAAAGUGGAAUUUCUAAGACAGAUCUACAGCGCCGAGAAAGCCAAUCUCGACAAGGAUCAAGAGUUUAUUGCAUAUGUCAAGGAGAAUGCCGAGUGGUUGAAGCCAUACGCAGUGUUUUGUGUGCUGCGUGAUAUCAACAAAACUGCCGAUUUCAGUCUGUGGAAGGAGCACAGUACCAUCGAUUGGGAGACAAUCGAGAGUCUGACAUCGCCACAAUCGAAAUUCUACCAGGAGGUUAGAUAUCAUUAUUUCGUGCAAUACCACUUGCAUCGUCAGCUUCUCGCUGCAUCAAAGUAUGCAGUGUCCAAGCGUAUUGGUAUCAAGGGUGACUUGCCCAUUGGUGUCAGCAGACACAGUGUCGAUACCUGGUUGAAUCCACAUCUGUUCCGUUUGAACAACACUACUGGAGCGCCACCAGAUGCUUUCGCAGAUGACGGACAAAACUGGGGUUUCCCAACUUACGACUGGGAACGUAUGAAAAAAGAUAACUACAGUUGGUGGAGAUCAAGACUUGGUCAGAUGGCUAAAUACUGUCAUGCUUUCCGUAUCGAUCACAUUCUUGGAUUCUUUAGAAUCUGGGAGAUUCCCACCGAUUGUUUCACUGGUUUACUUGGUCAUUUCAAUCCAUCACUUCCACUUUGGAAAUCGGAAUUAACUCAUAAUGGUAUUUGGGAUCUUGAUAGAUUAACAAAACCCUAUAUUAGAUAUCAUACUUUACGUGAACAAUUUGGUGACUUUGCAGAAUCAUCAAAGAAGUUCCUUAAGGAAUAUGCUAGUAAUUCUUAUAAAUUAAAACCUGAAUUUGAAUGUGAAAGAUCAAUUGAUAAAAAUGUUACAGGUGAAGAUUCAAUGUAUAAACCAGGAUUAUUGAAAUUGGUUCAGAAUGUAUGUUUGGUCAAGGACAAGGAAGAUGAACAUAGAUUCUAUCCAAGAAUUGAAAUCACAAAGACAUCUUCUUACAAUGAACUCUCCGAUGACUUGAAGAAUACUCUCUAUCGACUCUAUAUUUCCUAUUACUUUGAGAGACAAGAGGAGCUUUGGUCUCAAAUUGGAUUACAAAGAUUACCUUUAAUUAAAGGAUGUACAAAUAUGUUGGUUUGUGGUGAGGAUUUGGGUAUGGUACCAAAAUGCGUUGAACCAGUAUUGAAAGAUCUAGGUAUAUUGGGAUUGAGAAUUCAAAGAAUGCCAGCUGACAGUACCAAGGAGUUCUAUGUUCCAUCGGAAUACUCCUACUUGACUGUGAAUACCACUUCUUCACACGAUAUGUCAACUCUUAGAGGCUGGUGGGAAGAAGAUCGUCCACGUUCACAAAAUUUCUACAACAAUAUUUUGGGAAUGUAUGGUGAAGCACCCUACUUUUGUGAACCAUACGUAACAGAGGCUGUGAUAACACAACAUCUUCAAUCACAGAGCAUGAUGUCUAUUUUCCCUCUGCAAGAUUGGUUUGGACUCUCAUCGGAACUCUCACAACGCGAUCCAAAAGAAGAGCGUAUCAAUGAACCUUCAAACCCAUUCCACUAUUGGCAAUACAGAAUCCAAAUCAACAUUGAGGACCUAUUGAAAUCUGAUGAUUUUAACAGAACCGUUCAAAGAUUAAUUACAUCUUCCAAUAGAAAGACAGACGAGAGUGAUAACAAACAAAUUGUUCUUUAUCGAUCCAAGAAGUUUAACACAACUGAAAGGGAUUACCCUGUCUUUGAACAAGAGGUUAUGGCAAUCAAACAUGCUCUCGAAUCUAACUACCAUAUGCUAUUAGGUUUUAAGAUAGUUAUUCAUACCGAUCACCAACAUAUACUAUUUAUAAAUAAUAAACUUAAUGACAAUACAAAACCUAAAUUAAUUAGGUGGUUACAAUACAUUUUCUCUUUUAAUCCAACUCUUAUUUAUAAGAAAGGAUCUGAUAAUGUAAUUGCUGAUGGUUUAAGUCGUUACACUUACUCCACCACCAUUUCCAUCGAUGAUAAUGAUCUAAUUGCAAUGAUUGCAAAUAGAUAUAUUGAAGAAGCGACUAAAUUUUGA